AUGACAUCAUCAAUUGAGAAGAAGUCUUGGAUGAACGAGAUCAUUGCAAGAAGGUCAUCAACUUCACUACCAACAUCACCAUCAUUCAUGAACAAAUCACUCAACAAAUUGCAUCAGGCAAUAUGCCAGCGAGACUUGGCCAAGGUCAGAGCCCGUCUAUCACAGGCCAGAAAGGCCAAGAUCGAGUUGACUGAGCCUGACAACAUGGACCAGACGCCACUAUGCGCUGCCCUCAGAUUAGGUACAUACGACAUUGUUCGUGAGAUACUAAACUUCUAUCAAGUUAACAAGAUGGAUAUUAACGAACAGGAUAAGAAUGGAUACACACCAUUGCAUGUGGCGGCGAGCCACUGUGAUGAUCAGGUGAUGAUGUUGUUGCUGACAUACGAAGGCAUCAAUGUCAACCUGACGAACGACGACAACAACCUGGCGUUGCACUACUUCUGCCAGAAGUUCAAGACACCCAACUGCCAGGAGCCCUUCCAGCAGUUUCUAAAGAAGGGCGUCAACGUCAAUCUGCAGAACAAGCACGGCGAGACCCCGUUGCACAAGUCGAUCUUUAACAACUCGAUCCGUCUUCUAAUGGUCAACCUGUUGCUCGAGGCCGGUGCCGACGUCAACGUCGUGACGACACGUGGCGAGAGUCCAUUGCAUUUUGCCGUGCAUCUGGGCCGCGAGGACCUCGUAUCAGUGCUGGUGAAGGCUGGCGCUGACAUCACGAUCAAGAGUAACGAGAAGAAGACAUGCUAUGAGCUCUCCACUCAAGGAGGCAAUGUAAAAGUAAUCAAUUUCCUUAAGAAUGUACAAGAUGUUUAUAGUUGGUUGAAAUCGAUAGAGAUGGAACAGUACUGGUUGAACUUUGUAAAGGAGGAGAUAUUCAUGGACCUGUUGCCAGACAUUGAUGAGAAGACUUUGGACUCGCUAAGAAUAACAUCGAGCGGACAUCGACUGAAGAUCAUCAAGAACUGUAGAAUAUUAAAGGAACAGGCAGCGCUGGCCAGCAGCGAUCCAAACAACAACAACAAUAAUAACAACAACAACAACAACAAAUUCAACCAUUCAAUGGAGUCGAUGAAGCUCAACACACCAAACAGCAUCGAGUCCACCGGCUCCAUCUCGUCGGACGAGCUCAAGGAGACGCUGUCCAGCCUGGAGGGCAUCCACGCCAACGGCAACUACAUCAUCCAUCACUCGGAGCUCGAGUACACGCUCAAGCUCGGCGCAGGCUCCAGUGGCAAAGUGUACAAAGGCAUAUUCAGAGGAAAGGAGGUGGCCGUCAAGGUGCUCAAGGCGAUCACGACACAGUCGCAGCUGGAAGAGUUUAAGAAGGAGUUCCAGAUCAUGGCGUCCAUACGCUCCCCAUACAUGGUCACUUUCUACGGCGCAAGCCUCGACCCCAAGCUGUGCAUGGUGAUGGAGUACUGUAGUCGCGACUCGCUGUACCACGUCAUGAACACCAAGAAGUACGACAUUGGCUGGGACCGCUUCUUCCAGUUCACCAUGCAGAUGACGUUGGGCAUCCAGUGUCUGCACAACUGGUCGCCUCAGAUCGUGCAUCGCGACUUCAAGUCGCUGAACCUGCUGGUCAACGAGGACUGGGAGUGCAAGGUGUGCGACUUUGGUCUGUCACGCUUCAACACUGCCGACAACAUGGAGACGCUGUCCAAGAUCCGUGGUACGUUUGCCUAUUGUUCGCCAGAGGUGGCAAACGGCGUCGGCUCCCCCUACACCACCAAGUCCGACAUCUACAGCAUUGGCAUUGUGUUCUGGGAGCUUCUGAUGCGCGUCAUCAACGGCGAGUACUCGAGACCGUACGCCGAGUUCCAGCACAUCAAGAUGGACUUCCAGAUCAUGAUGAACUCCAAGGAGGGCCUGCGUCCCACGCUGCCCUCGCACUGUCCAGCCGGUCUCGUCGCACUGUAUAAGCAGUGUGUGCACCAGGAGGCCAGCCAACGUCCAUCGUGUGAGCAGAUCAUCGCAUCACUCAACCAGCUGCGACAAGAGUACUUGCACAACAAGCCACAGUGGGACAAGUUGCUCAAGAAGCCAACGAUCACUGCAACCAUCACCUCGACCAGUAGCGUUAAUAGCAGCAGUGGUGGCGGCAACAGUGGUGGCAGUAGCAAUGGUGGCAAUAGCAUAGGUGGUGGUAGCAACAGCUUCACCAUCACGGCCAACUCCAACUCCAUGACGUCGGGCAUCUCGCCCAUGGGAUCACCGUCCUCCUUCAAUGGCAAGGUUGGAACCAGUCCUCUAAUCAAGAGUAGUAAAUAA